GUCCUUGAAACUUUCUCCAACACAUUUGAAUCUCCUUGUCGAACGAUCUUGAACUAUUUGGAGAUUUCGUCGUCUGAACAAUUCACGAAUUCAAGUUUAGCUUUUGGUUUUCCAACUAUUAGGGUUUGUUAGAAUUCGUUUUAAGUUUCGAUUUUUAAGAUCUCAUUGAUAUUUGGCGAAUUUGGUUUAGGGUUAAUAGGGAUUUUCAUUCUUCGAUUUGGGUUUAGGGUUCAUAGGGGGUUUUGAUUCUUUUGAGGGCGUGUAGUAACUAGUAACCCUCCAAUUAUAGUUUAGGAUAACCAUUUUUUUAUGGCAUUUGAAUGCCAAGAGGGCACUGAGGUCUCUAAGAAUUUGAAGAAUUGUGAAAAAGACUCUUGUCAAGAACAAAUUGAAGCACACCAGAUUAUCAUCUCGAAAGGCACAUUAGAUAGUUAUCAUAAGAACUGCAUUACAAGUUCUUAUACUGCAAAGCAGUCUCCUUGCAACAAUGUUUUGUCUGGUUGUCACCAGUCAAUUACUGAUCUUCCUCCAGCUUUAAUUUCCGAAAUCCUCAAUUGCCUUGACCCCAAAGAACUUGGCAUUGUUUCUUGUGUAUCACCUAUCCUCUAUAGGCUUGCAUCAGAGCACCAGGUUUGGAAGGAAUUCUAUUCGGAGAGAUGGGGACUUCCAAUAGUUCCCACACCUCUGGGUGCAGGGUUUUCAGAUAAGAAAUCAUGGAAGGAACUUUUUGUUGAGAGAGAGUUUAGAAGCAAAACAUUUCUGGGACGUUAUAGCAUUGAUGCUUUGCAUGGUCACACUGAAGCAGUGCGCACAGUUUUCCUUCUUGCUUCUGCAAAGCUGGUAUUUACAUCAGGCUAUGACUCGGUGGUCCGGAUGUGGGACAUGGAGGAAGGGUUGUCAAUUGCAUCAUCACGUCCCCUUGGUUGCACUAUCAGAGCUGUUGCUGCAGAUACUAAACUCUUGAUUGCUGGGGUUACUGAAGGGUUCAUUCACUGUUGGAGGGCCGUGGAGGGUCUCCCAUGCUUGUUUGACCUUAGGGGUGCUGAGGCACAGAACACUGAGUUCCGGCUUUGGGAACAUGAAGGACCUAUAACUUCUCUUGCAUUGGAUCUUACUCGGAUUUAUAGUGGUUCAUGGGACAUGGCUGUUCGGGUGUGGGAUCGUGCUUCUCUUAAGUGCUUAAAGGUUUUGAGGCAUGGGGACUGGGUCUGGGGCCUCGCUCCUCAUGAUACUACUGUUGCUAGUGCAGCAGGUUCAGAUGUAUAUGUGUGGGAAACUAAGAAAGGAAUUCCUUUGGGAGUCAUUCAUAAUGCUCAUGUUGGAAAUAUUUAUUCUUUGGCUCGAAGCCACACAGGAGAGUUUAUAUUCACAGGGGGAGAAGAUGGGGCUAUACACAUGUUUGAGAUGACAAGUCAUUGUGUUGAUGCUGAUAUUGUGCUGGUUGCAACAUGGAUUCCUCACUCAGGGCCUGUUUACUCCCUUGCAUUUGAGUUUCCAUGGCUUGUUUCGGCGUCUAGUGAUGGGAAGAUGUCGCUGAUUGAUGUGAGGAAACUUCUGAGAACCAGAAGACGUGCUCUGGGAAAGAAUGCUUCGAGGGUCAAGCAUGUAAAUCCGAAUAGCCUUGAACCACCCCAGAGAAUGUUACAUGGGUUUGGGGCCAACUUAUUUUCUGUUGAUAUUGGUGCUGAUCGUAUCAUAUGUGGAGGUGAAGAAGGUGUUGUUAGGAUCUGGAACUUCUCGCAAGCUCUGGAAAUUGAGCAGAGGGCUCGCACACUGAGAGGAAGGCGGUUAGAGAACAGGAUGAGGAGGCGUAAACUCCAAAUAGAUAUGAACAGUAAGGGUGGUCAGACUGAUCAAUGCUCUGUUGCUGCCAAGAAGAAAUCAAUGCAUGGUGAUAGGAGCGCCUGGCACCAUAAACGUGGGAUAAGCAGCAAGCUGAAGGCAUAGCAGCCACCGGCAAUCACUCUUUAUUCCCGGGGGCCACCUGCGCUACCCUUUGGGUAAUAACUCGACAGAUAUGGUUUAAAGUUGUAGGGAACGCUGAUCUUAUAGGUGUUAUUUUGACAUUAAGUAGUGUUACUUUUUCUACUUUGUUUUAUUUUUCUCCAAUGCUUUUUUGCCUCUGUGCUGACAAAAAACCAAAAUGGGAUUGCACAUGAGACAGAUUUCUAACGGUUUCCUUUGAUAUCCUUGCAAGUCUCUGUGUUGCGGUUGGCGCAUCCUCCUCCGACCUGUAUGUUCUUAAUUUGUACUUUGUGUGUGUAAGCAGGAAUGAUCCUGCAAAAAGCUCUCUUUGGUCUUUGCUGAAUAUAAAUAGAAGUGUAGCGGUGA